AUGCCACCGUCUAUUGUGCAACAAUUUGGCAACAUGCUCUCCUCCCGCUGGCGGCUUAAAAAAGAUGCAUCGCCGUCACUCAAGCAAAAACCCUUACACGAAGUUGCCAGGUACCCUCAAGUCAUCGAUAUUACCCCAGAGAACAACUCGUGUCUCAACCCAUCGAUGUCCUACGAGCACAUACUGGAAUGCAGACACAUCAUCGUAACAGCGAGGCCCGACGAGCCAUGCGCACCCAACUGCUAUCAUAUUGCCAGCAACAACUCAUCGAAGGACAAGGGAGCACUGAAAAGAAGCAAUGUUCUGAACUUCUACUGCGACGCCUGCAUGGAGACAGGGAGCGAGGCGCUCAUGUCCAAUGACGUUUCCUCGCUAGAGGCUGGCAAUGACGGUACAGUGGAAGGACAAUACACACCAAGGGCGAAUCAUCACCCUUUCGAUACCACGAUCCCUCGAGUAGGCGACAACUUCUUCGAAGACGUGCUCACCAACCCGGUGGAGGAGCUCAAUCCGACCAGCGAUAGUGGCGCGAGUGCAUCCGCAUCCACAUUCGAAGACGGCACUGAUGUUGACAGCAGCCCUGCGCAUCUUGGAGAAGGUGGCUCAAACUACCUCCGGUAUACCCGAUCCACCACACAUAACAAAGGAAAAGCAGCAGCACAGGAGGCUGAGCCAAUUCUGAACACGGCCAGUAAGACUCCAUCGCGUCACGCUGGCAAGAACCCUCCCAUCGCACGGAGCGCCGACACAGCCUUGCCUGUCCCUGCACAGUGGAAGCGGAAACGGCCCAUAGUCACUGAUGAAGACGAUGACUACGUGGAUACUCUGGAGGAAGAGACAGUGGUUUUCAAAAGACCGGCGAAACGACACACGAAAUCUACUAUCGCAACAUCAACGGUACCGGCUGCGAAGACCAAGCCUGGGCGUCCUAUGAAAUCUGCGAUCAAUACGCCUUCAAAGCCAGCUACGAAGCGGAAAACUAGGAGGCUAACGAAGAAGCGUUCAUAG